AUACAUACUCACUGUCACUUUCCUCCACCGUCUCACUCCUCGAAGGCCCGUAGAAGGCUUGGCGAAGCUCAAAACCAUUUUCCGCCCCGCGUCAUUGAUCAUCGACGCCAACCUCCGCCAUACCAAAAUUGGGAUUAUUAUCCGUCGCAAAUAUCUUCAUUCAGUCGACCCGACGGCUGGUCGCCUUCAAGAUAGGUGUGCAAGACCUCAUCGCUGGGGGAAGAUGGCACAGAGUUUAGCUACGGGUCAGAUCAAAGACUGGCGGUCAAUAGUCACCCUGAUCGUUUUUGUUCUUACUAGUAAGCACUGAAGGAUUUCUUUCUUUUCAUCAUUUUCUUUUUCACUUUCCGAAGUCCACAGUGCGAUUCCUCCAAGAUCUGCAAUCAGAUUUUAUUGUUGUUUCUUGGUUGAAAUAUUUUGUAUUUACUCAAGUGUAUCUUCACUAUCAUACCUCCCGAGCGCAGCGAGCCACGGGGGUUUGGGGGCUGGCCCCCCAUGAAAAGUCACAUUGCAAUGCAUUCUAGUUACUAUCAAAAGUUCAUGAUGACUGACCCUUUUCCUCAGAUGUUGUUGUUCUUUUUCCAUUUCACAUACCCAUUUACGUUCCCAGAAAGUUAUCUAAUGCCUUUCUGGACACCUUGAGCAAGUUACGAAUAAUUGCCCCACGAAAGAAUGUCUCUCACUCUCGUCAUAAAGAAUCAUCUGUAGUACGGUUAAGUUUUCCCAUCGAUUUUCUCACAGCUCCUCUAAUAGCAGAUUUAUUUCUGCUCGCCAUCUUGGCCAUUGGAAGGCAAGAAGUGGUAGAAGGUACCUGGGGAGCAAACAAUAUCUCGCCUCUGGAUAUCAUGGUCUUUUUCAUCACCCUAGCAUAUAUUGCCAUUUCCAUUGACGCCUCGGGCCUUAUUCGAUAUUUGGCGUUCAAAGUCUUACAGAAAGGAGGCAAAGUUGGACAUCGUCUAUUCUUUUACCUCUACGCAUUCUUCUUCUUACUGGGUAGUGCUAUUGGAAAUGAUCCAAUCAUUCUUUCUGGAACCGCUUUCCUGGCGUAUAUGACACGAGUAUCAAGCAACAUCAUCCAUCCACGAGCAUGGAUCCAUACUCAAUUCGCCAUAGCCAAUAUCGCCUCCGCAAUUUUGGUCUCCUCCAACCCCACCAAUCUUGUCCUUGCAGGGGCGUUCAAGAUCAAGUUUAUCGAUUAUACUGCAAAUAUGAUUGUACCAGUCGUCAUCACGGCUAUUGUUCUCUUCCCCUUCUUGUUAUACAUAAUCUUUGCUGAGGAGUCUCUGAUCCCUUAUUCCAUCAAGAUGCAUGAGUUAUCAGAGGAAGCCAAGGCCAAAAAGCCCGUCAACCCCAACAUCCCAAACGCGCGUGGAAAUGCCGAGGAGGAGGAGAUGUUAGCCGAUGACAGCGAAGGAAAACUUCUCUCGCUUGAAGAAAUCAUGAAUCCGUUUCUCGACAAAGGAGGAGCUGCGUUUGGAGCAGUCAUCAUGACCGCAACUCUCGUUACGCUUCUAGCACUCAAUGCAUCAAGUUCCAAGACUGGCGCACAUCCAGUCUUCUGGGUAACUUUACCUGCUGCUUUUGUGAUGUUGAUCUGGGAUAUUGGAUUUGGGUGGCAUCAUCGCAAAGACACUCGGGAGAUUGCAAAGAAAGGACGACAAGAAAUCGAAGAUGCUCGUGCGCAACGAGCGAUCCGAGAGGAAGAAGAGGCUGAGCGAGCACGACUCGAGACUCCACCCAUGACGGAGCAAGAAGGCGAUGUCAUAGGAAAGGUUCCAACACCAAAUGAGGAUGCGAUUUUGAAUGAGAAGAAAGCAGUCGUCUUGGAACGGGGUUCAGGGACAGAUAAGCAACUUGAAAAGACGACGCUGGUUUCGCUUACUGCCGAGUAUUACCGUUGGGCACAGGAGACUUUUCCUACCGUUACAGCGGUUCUCGCCCAUUUACCCUUUGCACUUAUCCCGUUUGCUUUUACCAUGUUCAUCUUGGUGCAAGCGUUGGUGACGAAGGGGUGGGUGGAGGUCUUUGCUCAUGGGUGGGAUCAUUGGGUGAAUAAAACUGGGACGGUUGGUGCUAUUGGGGGGAUGGGAUUUAUUUCGGUGAUUUUGUCG